CAAGAAUUCCGACCGACCGCGGGACGAGGUGCAGGAGGUGGUGUUUGUACCAGCAGGCACUCAUGCCCCUGGCAGCCGGCUCCAGGUGGGUUAGGCCUUAUGGAAGGGGCGGGAGGUGUGGUCGAUCUAGGCAGUCUUCUAAGACCCUCCUCCUCUGCGCCUCGCACCUGGCAAGUCCCCGGAUGUGGUGGGAAGAGCGUGACCUUCCAGUCUACCAACCUGGACCUGGCCUGUUGUUUAGCUGCUGUCCACCUCGGUUUCCUCAUCUGUACAAUGGGAAUGAUAAAACCCUUUCUGAAUGGACUCCCUCUCUCCUCCCUUACCUGCAGUGCACCUACAUUGAGGUGGAACAGGUGUCAAGGACUCACGCUGUAAUCCUGAGCCGCCCUUCUUGGCUGUGGGGGGCUGAGAUGGGCGCCAAUGAGCAUGGUGUCUGCAUUGGCAAUGAGGCAGUGUGGACCAAGGAGCCAGUUGGAGAGGGGGAAGCCCUCCUAGGCAUGGACCUACUCAGGCUGGCUUUGGAACGGAGCAGCUCUGCCCUGGAGGCCUUGCGUGUGAUCACAGACUUGCUGGCGCGCUACGGGCAAGGGGGCAGCUGCCGGGAGGACCCCACACCGUUCUGCUACCACAACACAUUCCUGCUGGCUGACCGGACUGAGGCGUGGGUGCUAGAGACGGCAGGGAGGCUGUGGGCCGCACAGAGGAUCCCGGAAGGGGCCCGUAACAUCUCCAACCAGUUGAGCGUAGGCACGGACAUCUCGGCCGAGCACGCAGACCUUCGGACCCGUGCCCUGGCCCAGGGCUGGUGGGAUGGGCAGAGCACUUUUGACUUCGCUCAGGUCUUCUCCCUGACCCAGCAGCCUGUGCGCAUGGAGGCUGCCAAAGCCCGCUUCCGGGCCGGGCAACAGCUUCUGCAGCAGCAGCAAGGGGGCAUCACGGCAGAGGUGAUGAUGGGCAUCCUCAGGAACAAGGAGAGCGGCAUCUGUAUGGACUCUGGAGGCUUUCGCACCACGGCCAGCAUGGUGUCCAUCCUGCCCCGGGAUCCCACACAGCCCUGCGUCCACUUCCUCACCGCUACUCCAGACCCAUCCAGGUCGGUGUUCAAACCUUUCAUCUUCGGGGCGGGGGCGGCCCAGGCCCCCCAGGUGCUGUCCCCCACUUUUGGAGCACGGGACCCUGUUCGGACUCAGCCCCGAUUCCAGACUCAGGUGGAUCGCCGGCACACCCUCUACCUCCGGCACCAGGUGGCCCUGGGGCUGAUAGAGAGCGAGCAGGAUCGGGGGCAGCAGCUCCGGCAGAAGCAGCGGGAUCUGGAGCAGGAGGGCCUGGAGGCUGCGCGGCGGCUGCUGGCUGGGGAGCAGGUGCCACCCCCACAGGAGCUGGGUGGCCUCUUCCAGGCCUUUGUGGAAAGGGAGAGCCAGGUAUAUGCCUGAGCACCACGGGGCCGGGGUAGGCACAGGACCCCAGUGCAAUCCCUUUGCUCCCCUCAGCCUUGUUUUGGGUGGCCAGCUCGGCCUUUGCCUCAAUAAAGUAUGUUAUUUCCCUGUUCAGUGAACUUGAUCCCAGGUCUGGCAGGGGCAGGAGAGCCAAAUGAGGGCAAAGGACAGCCCUGAGCUGGCUACAGGGCUUCUGGUGGGCUUGCCAGGCAGCAUAAUCUUCUCACUUGGGUGAUGGAGAAGGUUGUGGAAGGGGCCUG